GUGAGCCUUUAUUGGUAGUUGACUUUUAGUUACAGUUGAUAUUUGUUCUACUGGUCAGUGCUGUACAAACUGAUGACAAAGUGACCACAUAAUGGACUGUCGUUCCCUUGAGUAUAUUUGCAUUAACAAAUAUAUAAAUACACAGGCGGCAACUAUAAUGGGUUCACGUAUACAAUAGGUGUAACAGAUUUCAUUGAAGAACUGCAGUGACCUUUUUCGAAAUGGAGUUUAACAUUUCGGAACUAUUGAUCCUAUUUUAUUUCCGACGUUUUUAGUGUUUUAAUGUGAUCGUCAAAUUUGUGGUGUCGUACUUUAGAUAUUUUGGAAUCUGUGUAAUAAUAAGCGUUUUAUCAUGGCAACUACAAAGGCGGAAUAUAUAGCUACAACCCACACUCCUUAUAAGAGUCGGGUGUGUGGUCGGAUGUCCACUGAAAGGCCAGACUCUAAACAGGCUGGCACGCCAAGAGGCCUAGACCUGCGCAGGGCAAGUAAGAACCGGAAGCGGGCAUCUGUAGACGAUGAUACGGAGACGGUACUCGACUUGAAAGUUGCAUCUGUGCCGUAUGAUGACACGGGAAAACGGACGUACGAGAGGGCGUGUAAAAAAUAUGGCGUCAUCCCGUCCUCUCUGUUCCUUCGAAAGCUCACGGAGAAGGACAUCGACCUCACAAACUAUGGCUUGGGACCAAAAGGAGUGAUGGCCGUGUCUGUGGCACUUGUGGUAAAUUCCAGCGUGACGUCAUUAAUACUUAAAGGAAACUGUAUAGACAGCGCCGGUGUGCUAUAUAUACAGCAAAUGAUGACGGAGAAUAUGUCCAUCACAGACCUGGAUUUGUCUGAAAACAAUCUAGGAACCUAUGGAGCCAAAGUGAUGGGGUUAAUGUUACGGGAGAACAAAGUUAUUCGAUAUCUGAACCUGUCAAGUAACCAAUUCACAGACCAGGACGCAAUAUACCUCACAAAAGCCAUCCAGGAUCAUUCUAGUCUAGAACAUGUCGACCUCAGUCACAACGAGUUUGGAGAUUUAUCAGGACCCGAGUUUGAAAAGAUGAUAUCCGACGCUAACCGAGCAUUACUGGCAUUAGAUCUUAGCUGGAACCAGUUCAGAUUAAUCGGAGCCAAACACCUGGCAACAGGAAUGAAGGAAAACGCCUACCUAAAAUAUCUGAACGUCUCCUGGAAUGGUCUAGAUGAUGGCGGCGGGAAGGACUUCGGUGACGCCAUCAGUAAUAAUAACGUCAUAGAGGUCCUUGACCUUUCAUGUUGUAGAAUAGGUCCCGAAGGAUUCGCCGGCAUAUUGAAAGGCCUAAAAAAUAACGACACGCUUCAGGAAUUACGAAUAGGGAAGAACAAUAUCCCGGAGGAAGCAGCAGACGCCGCCAUUGAGAUGUUUGAACAGAUGGAGGCCACCAAACUCGUCGUCCUUGAUAUGACGGAUGUAAUCUUGGGACCAAGGUUCCAAGAGAAAGUGGAUGACUUGAAGGAGAAGCAUGCCGAUUUGGAGAUAAAGUUUGGUUAUAGCGACAUGUAUGGUAAACGUAAGAUGGCUGGGUCUAUAGAUGUUGGGGAGGACGCCUUACUCACCAUCAAGGAAUACAUGGACAGACACAACCUUACAAUCUCCGAGCUGUUCGCACGAUUCGACGACGAUGGAAGUAAUAGCGUGGACUACGACGAAUUCCGCGAAGGAAUCAAGGAGGCGAAGAUAGACCUUACUGACUACCAAGUGGACAAGCUCAUUCAGUUUAUAGACAUCGACGAGGAUGGUGACCUUGAUUUCAGCGAGGUGGUCUUAAAAAUGAAAGAGGUGACGAAAAAACGCCAGGCGGAGGAAGAACAACGAAAGGAAGAGGCCAAAAACAAACGGAAAUACUAGACAUUCAGAUUCUCAUUGGUCAUAAACAUUCUCAUUGUUGUCAGACAAUUAAAGUGAUGUAAUAGAAGAUAGUGUAUGAUGAAUUCGCGAGUGUCGAAUAACUCCUGAAUAAUAAUUGAUAUGUAAAUAAGGAACGCUAUACAGUAAUUACCAUUGCUGUAAAGAAAUAUGGUUUCUUGUUUCCUGAAGAUUGAUCAUGAUUCAUCACGGAACCAAUAUUCGCUUAAUAGAUAACGUUGCUAAUUGUCUAAACAGCUAGUUCAAGAAUAGAUCGUGGAAAAACUAAUCUAAGAACUAGAACAGUGAAACAAAGGUGGAACGGUAAAUAAAAUUAUUAGAUAUCGCUAGAUCGUUAGUUAGAGUAGAUCAUUUUCCUCUUUUAGAAAAUAGCUACUCAAAGUUUGAAACAGAUAGUUCAAGGACAAGAACAUCAAUACAUUGAUGGAAUUCGUGGAUUAAAAAUUCGAGUGGAUUUACAUAAAUUCAGUCAUUCUAAUAACUUAAUCUAGAUAACAUUUUAUCGACAAACUCAUAAAUCAACGAAGUUUGCUCGAUUCUAGAAGAAACAAGUGCAUUUUAUUUCCUGUGAGUGUGUUUAGUUGUAAUGUGUGGGUCGAGAGAGAUUGCGCGAGAAACUACAAUAAAUGUUUUUUUCGUGA